AUGUCGUUGGUGGCUUCAAACUCAAACACAGAGCGGCCAUUUCCAAAGUUGCAAGUAUUGGAUAUAUCACAUAAUGCAUUUGUUGGCAUUUUACCUGAUAGAUAUAUCAACAACUUUCAAGGAUUGGAUCAGUUAAUGAAGCGACUGCUAGAUACCUUUACAACCCUCGACGUAUCCUCCAACAGAUUCUCAGGGGGCAUUCCAUCUUCUCUAGGGAAUCUUAACUCCCUUAGAUACUUGAAUUUGUCUCACAAUACCCUCAGUGGACAUAUACCGCCAUCUCUAGGAAGUAUGAGUUUGCUCGAGUCUUUGGACUUGUCUUCAAACAAAAUGGAUGGAAAAAUUCCAGGUGAAUUGGCAAAGUUGACAUUUCUUGCAAAGUUAAACCUUUCAAUAAAUAGCCUUGAGGGCCAAAUACCACAAGUUGGCCAACUUUCCACAUUUGAUAAUGAGUCAUAUGUGGGAAAUGCAGGCUUGUGUGGAUUACCAUUGACGAGAAAAUGUGAGGGGAGUGAUGGAAAACCAUCACCGCCUCACGUGGAAGUGGAAUCGGAUAGGGAGAUCGAGUGGGGUUAUGUGUUUGUUGCUGCUGCAUAUGUUUUUGGCAUAGGAAUCUUUUCGUGGUUGCUUUUAUUAUGCCCAAGUUUCAGGUAUAAAUACUUUGAGAAAGUUGAUGAUGUUUUUGAGAAGAUAUUUGAGUGUUUCCAGCGCCCUAAAAAAAGAGAUAGAGGAAGAAGAGUUGUGAGGAAUCAGGCUAGAAGACAGCAGUGA